AAGUACGUAAAUAUUCCAAUUUAGAUUAGCAACGAGGGCUUUCUCAUACCGGGUAAAUUUAUAUCAAAACACUCGAUGAUUACAAUAGUGCGUUGAUUGUGACGGUGUAUGCGCGUUUAUAUAGGUUACGCAGAAUCUUUAAUUCACUUACUCUAGUAGUGAGACUUUUAAGCGAAUUUUACAGUGGUGAAAAUGGCACCCUUAGGACUUUGUUUAGGUUCUAUUUUGGUUCUUUGCAUUGUGAUCGAUACCACCUUUUCUUCCGCUGGUGUAAAGUAUUUGCCCCCUGUAGCACCGCAGAAAGUAUACUAUGGGUCCCUUGAUGCCAAUGCGGUAAAAUCAUUGUUCAAUGAGUUUACUCGAGAAUACGGUAAACGAUACGAGAAUCUGAAGGAGAAAGAAGAAAGACUGAGAAUUUUCUCAGAAAAUUUGAAACGGUAUGAUGCAAUGAACGCAGAGGAACAAGGAACAGCCGUCUACGGGAUCGAUGAGUUUUCGGAUAUGACAGUCGAGGAAUUCAGUAAUAAGAUGUUGACACUGAAUAUUAAUUCCUACAAAAAGCGGCUAGGCGAAAAAUAUGACGACCCUAGUUUGAAACACGUAAAAGCUCCGAAGAAUUUCGACUGGAGGGAAAAAGGAGGGGUUACUCCAAUAAAGGACCAGGGAGCUUGUGGCUCUUGCUGGGCUUUCUCUACUGUUGCUAAUAUCGAAGGACUUUAUUUCAACAAGUACAAGAAAUUGGUGAAUUUAUCUGAGCAACAGCUCGUUGACUGCGAAAAGAAUUCCGACGGAUGUAGGGGUGGAUGGAUGGCAUCAGCAGUUGAAUACUUAGCGGAGGCAGGAGGAUUACAGGACGAGGACUCAUAUCCGUACAUGGCGGUUGAUCAAGUGUGCCAAUUUGAUAAAACGAAAGUCGUAGCCGAGGUCGAGAAGAACGUUAUGCUACCGACGAACGAGAAGAAAAUGAUGGCUUACCUCUUCAAGAACGGACCUAUCUCCAUUGCUCUUGAUGCCAGGGCCAUGGGUGGGUACAAAGGAGGUAUCGCCCAUCCAACUGAAAAAUGGUGCUCCAAAAAUAGCACACAGGUGAACCAUGGAAUAGCGUUGGUAGGCUACGGCGUGAAAGUUGUUCAGUUCGGCGACAAGAAGAAACGUAUACCAUAUUGGAUCGCAAAGAACAGUUGGGGCACAGAAAAAUGUGAUAAGGGUUACUGGUACGUGUACAGAGGCGACAACGUUUGUGGACUUGCAAAUUGGCCGAGCAGUGCUGUUUUGAAAUGAAACAAAAGUUCCUCAUGAGCAGAAAUUUAUAAUUUCUUUUUAAUUUUUACUUCCUGCUCUCCCCUUCGUUUUUGCUGAAAUAAAUCAAGCUAUCCGCUCUCUACUCAUUCGUCAAAAUAUGAGGCGAUUUCUUUAUACGCACGCAGAAAUCCAGUCGUAUUUUUCAAUAUUUCAUCAAUCCGAGUAAAUUGACAUCAUACAAUUUGUUCCUCUAUCUUUCCUCCUAAUAAAGAUAUUACAGAAUAA